ACGAGCUGUCAGAAACUUUCUACCUGAACAAUGGGCGUCAUCAUCUCACACAUCUUCUCCAGGUUCACCUCCAAGACUCCUGUCAGGAUUUUGAUGGUGGGUCUGGAUGCAGCAGGUAAAACGACUCUGCUGUACAGGCUGAAGCUGGCUGAAGUCGUCACCACCAUCCCAACUAUCGGUUUUAAUGUGGAGACGGUGGAGUAUAAUAACAUCAGUUUCACAGUUUGGGAUGUUGGUGGUCAGACAAUCAUCAGACCUCUGUGGAGACAUUACUACACCAACACGCAGGGUCUGAUAUUUGUGGUCGACAGCAACGACCCCGAGAGGAUUAAAGAGGCUGCUGACGAGCUGCACAGGAUGUUGGAGGAGGACGAGCUGAGAGGCGUGGCCGUAUUGGUGUUUGCGAACAAACAGGAUUUGCCAAGAGCCAUGUCCGUCAGUGACAUCACUGAGGCCCUGGGCCUAUCAGGAGUCUCACAGCCGUGGUAUGUCCAGGCGUCCUGUGCCGUCAGUGGCACUGGUCUGGCCGAGGGUCUGGACUGGCUCUCAGACCAGAUCCUAAAACGAUGAUGUUAUGCCGACAUGUUGCUGGGAGCUGAGCCGAACCAGAGACUCCGGGAGGAACAUGAAGGAUCCCUUCAACAUAAACAGGGUUCCCGCAGAUCCCUAAAAAAAAGUCUUAAAAGGCAUGGAUCUAAUGAAUCUAAAGAUAAGGCCCUUAUUGGUGUUAAAAUUACUUUAAUUAAUGUUACAAAAGUCUUAAAAUUCUCAGACAUUUUCUGAUGUUACAUAGUAAA